AUGAAAAACUAUUUCGUGGUCAUGUGCAGAGGGAGAGCGUUAUUUGUAUUCUUGGUGUCUACGCUUCUGCUCCAGCAAAGUAGUAUUAUUUGUGUGCAAGAUCAGAAAGCUUGUCCCCCUUCUUCAUGUGGGAAAAUCUCCAACAUAAGUUAUCCAUUUCGUUUGAGAGAUGACCCAGAACGAUGCGGCAACAAGAGGUAUGAGUUAGGAUGUGAAAAUAAUGUGACAGUGUUGUAUUUGUACUCUGUUAAAUACCAUGUGCAGGCCAUCAACUACAACAAUUUCACAAUCCGACUUGUUGAUCCCGGCGUUGAAGACGCUAAUUGCUCCUCCAUUCCUCGUUAUUUCUUGUCUCAAUCUAAUUUCACUGAUACUUAUAGUUAUGAUAAUGUCACGGAUCCAUACCAUGCCGCUCGAGAAAUGCGUUUGUCAACUGGCUCCUAUAAUCAGGAGCUUCUUUUUCAGCAUAUAGUUUAUUUGAACUGUACAUAUCCAGUGAUUGACAAUGUUAAAUAUGUGGAUACUUCUGCCUGCAUCAAAUCCCACUCCAAUGGCUAUAUUUACGCUGUAGCUGGCGACUUAAAAGCUGAGGACUUUGAAGUUGGUUGCCAUGUUAUGUUGGUUUCUCCCACAUCUUGGUCUGGUUUGGAUACAAAUAUAUUUUCCUACACUUUGAUGCACAUGUCCCUAGUCAAUGGUUUUGAGAUUUCAUGGUUGCAUUUUCUGUGUGAGGAUCAUUGUGGAACUUCAAAUCGGCAACAUCGGAGCUCAUGCUUCUUCAACACUUCCAGCCAGCAAAUUGGGUGCGACUCACGGAUGUGCCAUAAUUUUCUGGGAUAUUGGAGCGGUCGAUGCGGGAUAUGGUCUCAGCUGCGAGCAUAUGCCAAAGAUACUUUCAAAGCUGUCUUGAUAGGACUGCUUGAAAUAAUAAAAGGAAAAAAUUCAGAAUUUGAAGGAGUGACGGACUAUAAAUUAGGAUUGAGAACGGGACGCUAUGUUCUACCAUCAUUCUGGGCAGCCAGAUUUCUGUUUGGGGUGACAUUACUUAUUGCGCUUUUCAUACACGUGUGGCGAAAAAGGCGUUUUUCAGUGUAUGGAAAUAUUGAAGAAUAUCUGCAACAAAAUAACCUGAUGCCAAUUGGAUACUCAUACAAAGAAAUCAAGAAGAUGGCUAGAGGUUUCAAAGACAAGUUGGGUGAAGGAGGCUAUGGCUGUGUGUUCAAGGGGAAGCUACGUAGCGGGCCUUAUGUGGCAAUAAAGAUGUUGGGAAAAUCAUCAAAAGCUAAUGGGCAAGACUUUAUUAGUGAAGUGGCAACCAUUGGGAGGAUACAUCAUUUGAAUGUGGUACGACUCAUUGGAUAUUGUGUUGAGGGUUCAAAACGAGCUCUUGUUUAUGAAUUCAUGCCCAAUGGAUCUCUCGAUAAAUUCAUUUUCUCUAAAGAAGGAAGUAUACAUUUAAGUUAUGACAAAAUAUAUAAUAUAUCCAUCGGAGUAGCUCGUGGGAUUGCUUAUCUCCACCAUGGUUGUGAGAUGCAAAUUUUGCAUUUUGAUAUCAAACCCUACAACAUCUUGCUUGAUGAAAACUUCACCCCAAAGGUCUCUGACUUUGGACUGGCAAAGCUAUAUCCGGUAGAUAAUAGCAUUGUCACUUUGACAGCAGCAAGAGGAACAAUUGGGUAUAUAGCUCCAGAACUGUUCUACAAAAAUAUUGGGGGAGUAUCCUAUAAGGCUGAUGUCUAUAGUUUUGGAAUGCUUUUGAUGGAGAUGGCAAACAAGAGGAAAAACUUGAAUCCCCAUGCGGAGCAUUCAAGCCAGCUUUACUUUCCUUUGUGGAUUUAUGAUCAACUUGGAAAAGAGGAAGAUGUAGAAAUGGAAGAUAUCGUAGAGGAGGAAAAGAAAUUAGCAAAAAAGAUGAUCAUAGUUGCGCUUUGGUGUAUACAAUUGAUGCCAGAUGAUCGCCCCUCAAUGAGCAAAGUAGUGGAGAUGCUUGAAGGAGAUGUUGAAAGCCUGGAAAUGCCUCCGAAGCCUUCUCUGUAUCCACAUGAAACGAUUGCAGAGGAUCAAAGCAUCUACUCUGACCAAACAAUAUCGAGUGACUUCAUUAGUUCUUAUGGGGAUCCUGUGGAAAUUGCAACUAAUCCUCUGGUAGAGAAUAUUACUUAGACAAUGCACGAUAGCACUUUAUUUGCGUCCACCAUAUCUUGAACAUUUGUUCUUCUGUAUUAUUACUUUUGUCUAUGUCUUUCCUAAUCUAAGGUUAGUAAAUAAGUUACACAAUUUAAGAUUUUGUUCAAGUCCCUAAAUAUAUAAUUACCUUAAU